UUUUUGAUCCAACGGUUGCGCACGCGGCGGACACUGAGUUUUUUGUGCGGCGAGGCAUGACAAAAGGCUACGAGGUUCUCAGCUUGCUCGCCCCGCCUGUUUACGCGGCUUUCGCCAUCUCGCGAUACGGACGGAGUCAUGUAACGGUCAACCGGCUUCUACGGGCAACAUGGGUUGGAGGUGUAACGGGCAUUGCCGCAGGGGGUGCGUUCGAGUAUGUCAGGUCCGCUUACUCAACGCCAGAGAAUGUUAGAAAUCGCAGAAUCGUGGCGACAUACGACACCGAGUCGAUACGUGCAGAUGACCAUUCGACCAUUGGCGGCGUCCUGUUUGCCGUCUUGAUCCCUGCUAUCCUCUGGAAGCGAGCGAGCAAAGUCAACCUUAUCCUCGGCGGCUCGGGGAUCGGUUCGGCGAUUGGCCUUCUGGCGCAUCACGGACGAUCGCUAUUCGGCGACCCCCCACCGCAGGCACGAAUCCCCGGACUGCAAUCUCAUUAGCAAAAGACUCGUACUGUAUCGCUCGUAAUGGGCGCUUUAAUAAUCAGACCAACUCC